AUGAAACUCUUCACCGUCCUGCUGCUGGCCAGCUUAGUCUUCAUCUCUCUCGCCAUCCUUAAUGAGCCAGAAGACGAAAUCCACUUGGAGGCUCAGCUCACAGAUGGCUUCAUUGGAGAUGGGAGUGGGGACUACACCUCAUACUCAAGAGACUUCCAACUCGAGAGAAAAGCUAGAAAAGCAGAGAAAGUUUCCAAAAAGGAUGCUGUGAUCAAAUCUACCAGGAGAACAAAGAAUCAAAAGCCUGAACUGCUUCACCUCACACCCCAGGAGGACAAUUUCAGGAACGCUGCCCUUCAAUUCGAAGAGACUACAGAACUCACUCCCAGGGCUGCAACCACCUCGGAGGGAAAACUGGCCAAGCUUGGCCAUAAAAUCGGGAUGAGUCUGGACAAAACAAUGAAAGAAACCACGAACUAUCUGAAAAGCCUACUCCCUCGUGCCCACGAAGUCAUGAAGCCCUAA